AUGGGGAGCACGAACGGUUUGAAGAAGGGAUACGUGGACACAGAGGCCGGACAAAUUCACUACCGCAGAUGCGGCCAUGGCCCGCCGUCCAUCCUGCUGCUGCACUCUGCCGCCCAGUCGUCCGCCAUGUUCACAUCCGCGCUAAAGAGAAUGGAGGCGGCCGGCCUGCACGCCAUAGCUCUGGAUCUGCCCAACAGCGGCGAGUCGUGCCGUGCUGCGUCAGCAUGUGCUGAUCCCACGCAAGCAACUCAGCUUCCCAGCGGCGAGCUGACCAUGGUUGACGUGGCGAACCUUGUGCUGCAAGCUGCUCAUGCGCUUCGAUUCUCGCCGCCAUUUGACAUUGUGGGGCACGAGGCGGGCGCCACAGUGGCCAUCCACAUAGCAGCGGAGCUGCCACACAUCGUGCGGCGCCUGGUGCUGUGGGGCGUGCCCAUGCUCGGCUUCAUGGAGCGCGGCGACGCCCUCCGCGAGGAAACCCCCGACGGCCACUACGACUCCGACCUCCCCGACGCUGUCGCCACAUUCCUCCACCGCCGCUUCCCCGACGGCGGCGUGCCGUGGCAGCUGAAGGUGCGCACACUGAUCGACAUGCUGCAGACGUACGAGCGGCGGCCAUGGCUGUCAAGAGCCAUGGCUGUAGUGGAUCAUGCCGAGCUGCUCAAGCGCAUACACACGCCCGUGCUCUGCAUGGCGGGGGAGAGCGAGCCCUUGCACAAGGCGACGAGAAAAGCCGCCCUGUUGUGCAAGAACGGCGAGUAUGUGGAUAUGGGGGCGGCGGGGCGGGAUGUGGUGGAUGAGCUACCAGACGACUACACCAGCGUCGUGCUGCAGUUUCUCUUCGGGGAACCUGGUCUGGCCGGGCCUACUGAACGAGCCAGUUGUUCCGUGCCAGCUGCUGACGUGGCAGGGGCGGGCGUGGAUCGGCAUAUGUCUGACUCAGCAAUGAAGGAUGCUGAUCAGCGGGAGGGAGGAGGGGAGAUGAGGGAGGCGGGGCAGCAGGGGCGCAGCUACGGCACGAGCAGCAGCAGCAGCAUGGCGUCAUCGCCUGUGAUGGGCAGCAUGGCCUCGUCCCCCGUGACCGCCGUCUCCCCCAGCAGCCGCUCGUCCAACGACAGUGAGGAGCGGCGUGCGUCAGGGGAGAAGCGCACCAAAGAGCGCAUCAAGUCGUUCUUCCGCGGCAAGAGCACUGCUUGA